CUAUGCCCGUCGGAAAGCCGUCGGCCUUUUUUACGCGUGUGUGUGUUUGGAGUGUGUGCUUGUGUUUGUGAUUGUGACAACCGGGAUCAAAAGUCUUUCCUAGAGAUCUGCACGUUGACUGUGCUGUGCACGGAAUGUAUCUCCCGUCCAGACAGAAGCUGCGGCUACAGCAAAGGCAGAAAUAGGCUAAAAACUCUAUUUGGGGGAGUUUUGUGCAAACGGCAUACCUCUCGAUCUUGGAUCAGUUUCGCAAUUGCGUCCUUUCCUGCACAAUGACAGAAGUGGCCAUUCCCGCUUCAGUAAUGGAAUCGGAGAUGAUGUUUCAACCAGAGUCCGAUCAGAUCUCUCCAGGUGAACCUAAGUCUCCGCCCCUGGACCUGAUCGACACAGGGAAAGGACUAAAAGUCCAGACGGCAACUCCUCAUCUGGUUAGCCUGGGCAGUGGGAGACUGAGUGUGGCUAUUACUGUUCUGCCGCUGAAAGAGGGGGUAACGCGCAUAGGCACAGAAGAUGCUCCGAUUCCUCAGGAUAUUACCAUUCAAGGACCUGGCAUCGAGGCAGAGCAUUGUCUAAUCAUCAAUGAAGGAGGGGUGGUGACCCUAGACCCCUGUGGCCACCUCUGCAGUCUUGAUGGAGUCCAGGUCACUGUACCAACACCACUCACUCAGGGUUAUUCUUUGUGUCUGGGAAAAUCCUAUUUGUUCCGGUUCAACCAUCCUGAGGAAGCCAGCAGAAUGAAGAGCAUGCUUCCCCAAAAGAGUCCUGUAUCGGCUUUAGCCUACAACACAGACUACCUGAAGUUUAGCAGUGACUAUAGCCAUGCAGUUGUGGGUGGCACCAGUAGUGCUAGGGGCAUGCGAUCAGCAUCUGAGCUUCGGGACUUGAUGGACACCCUGCAGCGUAAGAAAAUUGCCCUUGAAAACAGCCUGAGAGCCAACGGGAAUGCCAACCCCUCCUACUUCAGUGUGACACAGUCUCCCCCCACCACACCUGUCUCCAGUCCUGCCACAUCUUCAUCAGCCUAUCAGGAACAGGCAAGGCGUUUCUAUAGCUCCGAUCGUCCUUCUUUGUCUUUAAAAUCUGCUCCCCCUCUUUCCCCCGGGCGACGUUCCGACCCUUCUUCUUCUUUGGCCUCGCGCUCUUCAGUUGGCCGCAGUCAGGACAAUUUUAGCACCAGCGAUAGCCGACGACUGCACAGUCAGAGCUCCUCUCCUUUACUCUCCACCUGGAAUGGUGGGGGAUCUUCCACUUCUGUUGCCAGUAGUGAGAACUAUCUCCUCUCUCUUCCUCCAUCUUCUUCCUCAUCCCGCACUCCAUCUUCUGGGGGCGCUGCCAGCAUGCCCUCUAGCCCCCGUCUAGGACGCCGCACCUAUGGGAACCAGGGGAACCAGGAGCCGACACCCACUAGUCGAACCAGGAAAUACUCAGCAGGUUCGCUGAGUGGGAUGACAGCAGGAGGACACAGCCGCUCACUGCCACGCCUCUGUCCCUCCCCGUCCCCCCGUGACAAUAAUAAUGGAGUGCUAACUUUGUCAACGCUGCCUCCACGGCGGUCUGAUACUGCUGGGGAUUACAAAUUUAGCAAAGAGCAUUACAGCAACGGCCAAAACGCUGACCUCAACCACAAGUCUAGUUACUCCAGUCAGCAAGCUGCAAACAGGAUUAAAGGCCAGACCACAGCUCAAGGGGAAGGUGUCGUGUCGAUCUCCCUCUCUUCCCCUAGGACCUCCUCCUGCUCCACCUCCCACUCCAUCUCUUCCACAUCCACAUCCACUCCACCAGAUGUAACAAUCCCAUCCAGGGCAGGGGGCUCCUCUUCUCCUCGUGUUGCCAAAAAACUCUGCCUAACCUCUACCAGCUCAAUAGGCUCCAUCAGCUCUAUAGCUUCGAGCCCUCCAGAACAAGAACGGCUAAGCAGCAAUGACGCCUCCUCAGGAGCAGAAAUGUCUGUGGCGGAGCAAGAAAAACCAGGGGUGGGCCUUGAACUCACCGUUACACCGGGACUAGGACUUAGAGAGAGGAGUUCUUCAUUUGGGAAGGCCGGCCUGGAAACUGGAAUUGGUCUGGGGGAGAGGAGGCAGUCAUUUGGCAAAGCAGGGGUGACCCCGCCAGGGGGGUUCAGGGAAAGAAGGGGAAGUAUCAGCUCCCUAAGUGGGAAGGAAGAACUGACAGACUACCACCAACGCCAAAAAGAGGAGAGACUCCGUGAGCAGGAGGUGGAGAGACUGGAGCGACAGCGGCUCGAGACCAUCUUGUCUCUUUGCUCUGAGCUGGGCCGAGCUGAAAGGGACGGAGGCGCCACAGCCACCAGCUCCACUUCAGCUGUUGCAGACCUGCAGAAGAUCAACCAGGAGCUUGAGAAGCUGCAGCUGAACGACGAAGAUGAUGACACGCCUUCUGUCUUUUCCGACUCUUCAGCUGUUAGUGGAAUAGUCGGAAACGGGCACACGACCUCCCCUGGAUCGGAGAACGGUUACUAUGAUGAUGACCUGCAGGUACGACGGAGGCGUAGCAGCGGUCACCGAGACAACAGGGCCGAAUCACCUGCCAUCAGUCUGCGAAGCUUUGCCCCCACACCUUCACCGCGUGCACAUAGGACAAAUGAGGCUCUAGAGGAUGCAGCUCGCCAUCGUGGACAGGACACGAUCCCUUCAGAGGAGGAAGUGAGGCGCGUGGAAGAGGAGAGAAUCCAGGUCCUGAACAACAUGGAGGAGCUUGAACAAAAGAUCAAAGAGCUGGACAAUCAAAUUGAGGAAUCUGCCCGAGAGGUCGAGGUUGAGCGAGCUCUAGUUGAAGCUGAGCAGGAGUCCGAGAUAGCAGCUCUUCAACACGAAAAAGAUGCUUUAGAAGCGCUUCACAACAAGAUGGCUGACCUAGAGACCCAAUCCCAGCAGGAAAAAGAAAAGGCGUGCAAGCUGCUGCAGGUAGAAAAGGGCAGAGUAGAAAGGUUGGCUCAGAUUGUGUGUGAGCAGCGCUCCCAGCUGGACAGCUGUCCUGAAGCCACCAAGGAGCCCCUGCAGGAGCAGCUAGCCAGGGACUGCGAAGUGCUUGAGGCAGAGACAAAGCGUUUUGAGGACCUGGAGUUUCAGCAGCUCGAGAGAGAAAGCAGGCAGGACGAGGAGAAGGAGACCCACACCCAGCAGCUUCUCCGGGAGAUCGCAGACUACCAACGCAGCACCGUCACCCGCAAGGAGCGUCUGUUAACUCUGAAGAAGCAGUCGGCGCAGAUUACGCAGCAGGUUCAACGAGAGAAGGAGAGCUUCUUGAAGGAGAGGAGCAACCUUGAGUCCAUGCUGCAGAGAGAGAAAGAAAGCCUGGCUGUGCUGGAAAGAAAAUACCCUGGCCUCACCGGUGGACGGAGUUUCACCCUGAGAGAGGAUUCAGCCUCUUUGGCUGAUGUGUGUCGCUCCCUCCUUUCUUCUAUUUUUCUCAAGAACGCAGAGGGCUAUGUCACAGUCAGUGAAAUCAAUGAGCUUUACUCACAGCUUGGGCAAGACCCUAAACCUGCUCCUGCCCCCACUCUGACCAAAGCCUCUCCUGAGCCCGAGGCAACCCUUUCCCCUGAUGAGGACACCCCCAAACCAGCGGAGGAUGAGCAUUUCCGUCUGCUGGAGGAGAGGAAGAGGUCUGAGAAAGAAAGUGGCUCACAUCUAAGUGAUACAUUACCUAGGAAGAAAACCGCGACCGCCAUGAACCCCCAGUUUAUGUGUGCAACACUCGGGCGCAGCUUCCCCACAAAGUCCCAUCAGCCUCUGGUACAGAGUACAAGUUGUGGGAGUAUUCUUCCAAGAAUCCUCAGUUUAUCCAAUAAGGAAAGUGAAUCUCGACGUCUGCAUAAAGGUCAGCCGAGCUCCCGAGCUGCUUCUCAGACCAACGUCUACCUCGAUGCCUUUGGGUACCGUGAAAACCAGGCCUUUGACACAAUGAGUGUGGAUAGUAGUGACUCUAUUGAAACCAGCAUCUCUGCUUGCUCACCUGACAACAUCUCCAGUGCCAGUACGUCAAAUGUAGCCAAGCUGGAGGAGAUGGAGCGCCUGCUGAGAGAGGCGCAGGCCGAGAAGAACCGCCUCCUCGAACACAAGGAGCGGGAAAUGGAAAUUCGAAAGCAGGCCUUGGACGAGGAGAGGAGGAGACGGGAGGAUCUGGAGAAAAGGUUACAAGAGGAGACCAACAGACGCCAGAAACUGAUCGACCGCGAGGUGAAGCUUCGAGAAAAGCAGAGGGUGCAGUCCCGGCCUCUUACUCGGUAUCUGCCUGUGAGGAAGGACGAUUUUGACUUGCGGGCUCACAUUGAGUCGGCGGGCCACAGCCUAGACACGUGCUUCCACCUGUCCAUCUCUGAAAAGACCUGCCGAGGCUACUUGGUCAAGAUGGGAGGCAAAAUCAAAACGUGGAAGAAGCGCUGGUUUGUCUUUGACCGCAACAGACGCACACUAUCCUACUACGCAGACAAGCACGAAGUCAAGUUGAAAGGAGUCAUUUACUUCCAAGCUAUUGAAGAAGUAUACUAUGAUCACUUGAAGAAUGCACACAAGAGCCCAAACCCCUCCCUGACCUUCAGCGUGAAGACUCACGAUAGGGUCUACUACAUGGUUGCUCCCUCUCCCGAAGCCAUGAGGAUCUGGAUGGAUGUGAUCGUCACAGGCGCUGAGGGAUACACUCAGUUCAUGGUGUAGUGAAGCAGAUGUACGGGCCUCAUGUUUUUUAAUGCUGCAGUCCUUUCUGGGUUUUGAAGACAAAAGUAUCAGCAGUGUUGGGCAAGUUACUU